UCUGCCAAAAUGAAGUAAAUUUUCAAAAUUAUUAAGUCCUAAAACUUGUCAAAAAUGGAUUCUGAAUCAAUUCCUGAUGACGUUUGGGCUUUCCUAACUGCAUUUCUCAUUUUCACGGCUGCUAUCUUGAUACAUAUAUUUGAAGUUGAAGUGAAGCUGGAAAGGCUUAUUGGAUAUCAGUUUACUGGAAAGAGUAAAGAUAUUGAGGUAGUAUCAAGUAGAAUAGAAAAAGGUAGAAGGGAGUACGUGCUGGAACUUAUGUCAUCAUUAAUACCGAUUAUCCAACAGCAUGGACAGAAAGUAUAUCAUGUAUUUUUAGAAAAAUGUUGGCCUGUAAUUCGAGGAUUUUUCAAAAGAUAAAACCCACUUCGAAUAAUAGAAUUUUAAAAUUUAAUAUAUAUUGAAGUAAAAAUGAAUGCAAUUGAGUGAAACUGAGUUAGUGAAUAUAUUCAACUUACAGGAAUACAUACGGAAUAGCUGGAUAAUAUAAAAAUGGAAUAAAUAUUUAACAGAUAUGUGUACCUAAUUCAUUAUUUUUAUAAUAACGAUUGCUGUCUAGAGUACAAAAUAAUUCGUUAAAAUACUUAGAUGUUUAUAAAAAGGAA